AUGGAGCUAAUGUGGAGAAAGAAGACAAGGGCGGCUACUCAGCAUCACACAGCGCUGCUCAGAAUGGUCAUCUUGAACUCACCCAAUAUCUCAUCAGUCAACAAGGAGCUAAGUCAAGGAGCCAAUGUGAAUCUGGGAUGUACUGACGGUAGAAAUGCAUUACACCUUGCUGCUGGCACUGGUCAUCUUAAUGUCACCAAAUAUCUGAUCAGUCAAGGAGCUGAGGUGAAUCUGGGACAUACUAGCGGUUUGACUGCAUUACACUUUUCUGCUCUGAAUGGUCAUCUUGAUGUCACCAAAUAUCUCAUCACUCAAGGAGCUCAGGUGAAUAGGGAAACGGAUAACGGUUCGACUCCGUUAAACAGUGCUGCUCAGAAUGCUGAGGUUAAUAGGGGAAAUAAUGACGGCCGGACUACAUUACACAGUGCUGCCCAGGAGGGUCAUCUUGGUGUCACGAAGUAUUUGCUAACGCAAGGAAUAAGUAUGAAUAUCGGUGACAGAAACGGCUACACUCCCUUGCACAUUGCUGCUAUGAAUGGUGACCUUCAUAUUGUUCAGGUCCUGCUUGAGGAAGGAGCCCUAGUUGAUAUAAAGGAUGACAAUGGACAUACUCCACUUCAUCUAUCUUCAAAGAUAGGAAGUGCCAACUCUUCCGACAUCUUAGCAAAAUAUGCAAAGAUCAAUGGGAUUCUCGAUGACCGUGAUAAUGAAGGAUUGACUGCCAUUCACCUCGCCACUCAAAAUCUCCACACACCGGUUGUCAAGUCGCUGGUUUCCAAUGGAGCUUCCUUGAACAUCCAGUCUCACGAUGGAAAGACCUGUCUUCAUGAAGCCAUCAUACUUUCUGAUCACGCGGGAAGAACAGAGCAAACAAAAGGGAGACACCAACAGAUCUCAGAAGACUUCUAUCGGCACGAGCUUUUCCCAGAGAAGGCUGCUUUGGUCUUAUACCUUCUGGAGCACAGCGCCAAUCUGUACAUAAGGGAUGGUGAAGGCAAACUACCAAUCCACUAUGCUACCAAUGAAGCUACCCGACAGAUGAUAUUUUCAAGGUUACCGUCGAUAGAGAUGAUCAGAAGAUAUCGAGUCGAAGAAGCCAUACCCUUGGUUACGGUGUCUGCUCAUGUCGGUAAUGGCGGGAAGCAGAUAGAACUGGCGGACCUUGGUAUAUCAAUGUCUAUCCCACCAGGGGCUGUACAAAUGAGUCGCUCCUGCACAAUAUCAUUAACCAGUAUACAAGAUCCUCCAAGUAUAAACAGUCAGGGGGAUGAAGCAUUGGCCUGUCUUGGGAUCAGAUGUGAGCCUCCAAACAUGAUCUUCCACCAACCUGUUAAGAUCAAGAUACCACACUCAGCCUUCAUCGUCAACCCAGAUCAAGUGAAGCCUGAUAUCGUUUGCCGUUUAUGGGAUUCAGCGAAGGAUCUACCAAGAACAUCGAGAAACAGAUCGUCCAGCUCACCAGACGAACCACCAUACUGCAAAGUGUACAAGAGACAUCUUGAGCUGUACAUUGGUCGCUGUGCGGAGUGGUGGAUUCUUCUUCCUCUUGAACAGCAGGUGAUCCGACACCAACUUAUGUGCACUCCAUACAUCCCAGAAACCGUAGAAAGAGGCAAAGAGAUUGAAGUUCAUCUUCAUGUGCAUGCCGAUGUUCCUGGCAUGGAUACGGAAGUUCUACAUGAUGAGAAGCAUCAGUCGUACCGCAAGGCCCAUCGUUCGGUCCCAUUUAGCAUCAUAUCUCAUUCAGGUGACGUUACAGUGGCACGUGAUUGUGAGGGGAAGAUGGCAGAAACUAAGCUGCUCUCUCUAAAGGAAAUUCACAACCGAAUGAGACAUAAUGUAGUCUUAAAAGUGCCGCCGAGUGAGGAAGAUACUCCAUUUGACGUGAUAACCGUCACACUUACACAGUCUGGGAACCUAGGGAUGUAUCGAUCAAUGGCAUUCGUCAUUAGAUACGAAGAUGAGAUCAAGAGUCCUGACUUUACCCCAGUUAUCCGUGACAUUUCUGACCAAGACUUGCUUAACUUGGCUCGACGUAUCAAGUGGACGGACUUCAUGAAGAUUGGCGAAGAGCUUGGAUUCAGUCGAAAUAAGCUUGAGAACAUCAAACACAAGACAUUGCAGAAUCGCAAAGACGCUAACAUUCAAAUGCUCUGCAUGUGGAAGGCAUCUCAAAGAUCAGGUCCUGAAGCGACUGAGACGUUGAAGUGCAUUUGGGAAUCUGUUUCCUUCUCAUCUACGGCUGAGAAUACAGACGAAAGCUUGCCUAUGAUCUCUUCGGCGACUCCUGAGAUAAGAGCCAAAUCAAGCAAGCCCAUAGAGCAUGAAGAUAUGGAUAUCAUUACAACAACACCAGAUACAGAGCGAGAUGAAAUUAUUGAUGACCUUGAUCAAUGCGGGGGUACACCAAACACAGAAGAGCUUUGCAGCGUCACUCUACCAGUGAAAAGUCUGCCAUUAACAUUUUCACUUGGGAAAGCUCUUCGUCUAAAUGAUGACUCCAUUGUUGGAUACAUCAUACAUCGAACCAGUUCAUCAGUACUCCAUAAGAUCGCACGACAGCUUGUAGACAGUUGGUGGAAUGGUUUGAAAGAGGAAGAAAAAGGAGAUAAGUUUGCUAAGCUUCUCUCUGAGUUUAACAUCCCGGAUGGCACAACAGGGCGUGAAGAAAUCUCGAAAGCCAUUGGAUCCAAGACAGAACUUCUGGACUUGUGUCAUCGCCUGAAUGUUAAACCUUCUGGCGUCUUGCAGAUCAUGAGCACAUCUUUGACCUUCCCGCCUCACAUGAUUGGCCGUAGUGCUCUGAAGAUGCUUGAAGAGUGGGUACACCAAGGUGGGACUAGGGAGAGGCUUCUCGAAGUUGCUCAGGCUUUCCGUUUCAACGAUGCAGCAGUCAAGAUAGCAAAAGCCAUGAAAUGUCAACCAAGCUAUAUGCCUUUCAUCUCGCAUGGCAUCAUUGAUCACAAUGGUGGAGAACUGACCCUCGAUGAACUUGGUAUUGCCGUAUCUAUCCCCGAAGGAGCUAUACCAAAAGGGAUGAGAUCAGUUGUAACUCUUCGCGUCCCAACUCAUGAUACUCCAAGGCUUCCAGUACGGAAGGGUGAAGUAGUCAUUACCCCAGGCGUAGAGGGUUCUCUGACACAGGAACUGCUCAAGCCUGCCACGGUGGUACUACCACACUGUAUCAAUCACCGUGAACGUAAAGACGAUCCUUCGUUUAUCCUGUACACAAAAACAGGACCAGGAUAUAACGAGGAAGGAGAAGAGUUCUUCUGUACCCUACUGUCAAGUCUCGAAGGAACUCAGGUACCGAUCAGGAGUAUACUAAGUGGAAAGUGCAGCCCUUUGAAUUUCGAGCUUCACUUCUCUCCUGAAGAGAAAGGAAAGAAGAACGUCCAUAUCGAAAUACUACAAGGGUCAGCAACACGUGCAGAAAGAGACUAUAUCAUUUCUAUAGAAGAUGAACUAGAUUAUGCAGUCGAUCACACAGAUUCGCAGGGUCGAUUGCAGUAUGUGUCCAACAAUCUUAUCGAGAUCCUUACAGAUGUGGUCCAUUCACCAAAGGAUUUAAAGUCCCUUGGCUGCCAGCUUGGCGUCUCUUUCUCAGCUGUUGACAAAUACCUCAACCGCCCAGACUCGUCAUUUGAUUGUGUCUCAAGAUCAGGCUUUGGUGAGAUGCUACGUGAUUGGAGACGGCAGGUUCGACCUAGUGAGCAGGUAGAUGAACUUCAUCUAGCAUUACAAAAUGCUGGUUUAGGCCACACAGCUGAGGUCAUCCUACAUGAACUGAGUAGCAACUUUGCACAAGUCCGACAAGCAUGGGAGUCAAAGAAGUAGGCAACCCCGUCAUUGAAAUAUGAUCAAGAAGGGAUCGUCUUGAUUUAUGCAUUCAGCUAUGAAGCCUACGUCUUGAAAAAACAUGUAUUCUAAGUCUGCAUGAUUCUCAGCCUGAAUCUAGAAGUUGCUGUAUCUUCCUUACCCAAUGCUGCUGUGAGUCAUGUUGUUAAGAUGUGAUAAU